AUGGAGACUUCAGUAGGAAAGACAAGCCCUGAUGUCGUACUUAGGGAGAGUUGCUGUUUCUCUGAGAUCCUGUCUGCGUCCUUGCUUUUGCCUGACUGGCGCAGUGAGGUGGUGGGAGAGGAAGGAGGAGAUGGCAGGGAAUGGCCUCAGGCUGCAGGGCUGGUCCCUGGCCCCCCCUGCAGGGUACACUCAGUGUCUGAACUGGUGUGGGGGUGGUCCCUGAUGGUGAGGUCUCCCACUGCACCGUCCCCUCCUCUCCCGCUCUUACUCCAUUUCAGGGAGGAAGUCUUCCCGGGGGAGACCUGA